AUGUCGAACCAGGCCUACUACAACCAGCAGCCUCAGUAUCCUCCUCAGACAUACGGGCCUCCGCCGCCCCAGGGCUACCCCCCGCAGCAGGGUUAUGCUCCUCCACAGGGUUACCCUCCGAUGCAAUACCAGCAGCCUCCGCCUCCCCAGCCGAAACAGAGCACGGACCGAGGAUGCCUGGGUGCCUGGUACAAACGUUUACAUCCAAUCACUGACACCUACCCACUUCGAUCUUAUCAUGUCCGUGGAUACCAGACUUUCCCGUGGCAGACGGUGGCGCUCGUCGCCUCGCCUUACAUAACUUGCCAUGAUGACGACAUGGUUACGGCCGUCCUCGAGCCUAUACCUGUACCUAUACCCUGUAUCUGUACCUAUCUAUCUGUCUAUAUUACCUCCUUGAAAAAAAGGGAAACGAAGUCCUCCAACAUCAACACCAACAAUACAAUUUAUUUAUUUACAGGAGGACCAUACCAUACCGAAAGCGAACGAGAGAAAAAAAAAACCUUUCUCUCAACCUCAACCCGUCAACCUGUUCACUUCAACCAGUUCAGUUUAAACCACAUCGACGACGAACGACGACAACACAACAUGCCCAACAAACCCAACAAAGCCCUCAGAGACCAGUCCCCACUCACCCAAACACCAGGAGACUUCAACCAACCCCGCGAAGACACCUUCCGCAACGUCCUGCACGAAGACUCCUCGGACGAAGACCGCUCGCGCGACGACCCGCACACGCGCGUGGAGCACAAAGGCGACGGUGGGAGAAAGAACAGAACCCGCUCUUUUCGCGCGCAGCAGGGCCAGGCGAGACGGAAACCGAGCACGUCCCGUUCGCGGAGUAGGGAUAGGGUCCCUCCCUCCUCUAGCUGGAAGAAGACGGAUCUAGGAGGGAGAUACAAAUUGCAAACAAAAAAGUAA